AUGGAUUCCGACGACGAACCAUUGACACUCUCAGCCGCAACUCUAGCGGCCCUCCAGCAGUUCAAGCAAGAGGAGCAAUCCAGAAAGGAAGACUUCGAUAAGCUCUACCAGCAACUGGAGGAAAACUUCGAGAGAAGAAAGUUCUCCAUUGACCAGUUCAAGGAAGACUGGCAACUCUCACAGUUCUGGUAUUCAGACGAGACCUCGGAUGUGUUGGCCAAGGCUUUACUUGAAGGUGCAGAUGCCGACACCGUGAUUUGUAUUGCUAGUGCUCCAGCCGUGUAUGCGGCAGUGACUCGGAUUCCCGAGGAUGAGUUGCCCACCAAGCACAUCUAUUUGCUAGAGUUUGACACCCGUUUUGGGGUCAUGGCGGGUAAAGACCAUUUCUUCAAGUACGACUACAAUAGCCCAGACGACAUCCCUGAGCAGCUACGCAACAAGUGUCAUCGGCUUUUGAUUGAUCCUCCAUUUUUGGAAGAGGAGUGUCAGACGAAGUCCGCCCAGGCUGCUCGCAACUUGAUGAUCAAGGAUAACGGUGAAACCACUGCCACCGGGGACAAGUUGUGGAAGUUGGUCUCGUGUACGGGUGAACGUAUGAGGGACGUCAUUGCACAAACGUAUCCCGAAACACGGCCCACGUCGUUUUUGCCUGAACAUAAAAAUGGAUUGAGCAAUGAGUUCCGGUGCUAUGCUAGUUUCGAGUGUUCUCAAUGGAAAUAUGAUUCCAAUGUUUAG